AUGUCAGGAACCUCAAACGCGAGCACCCUCAGAAUCCAUCAAAGAACAACUUUUGUACCGGACUUUGCACCGCAGACUUGUCUAACCCGAGCUACGACCAUUUUGCUAAUCGGAGAUACCGUUUUACGGCUACCUGGAUUUCUCUGCGGGGUCGAACUUGCGAUGAAGUCUCCAACUCCACUUGAGUUUCCUAACCUGCAGAGGCUCCAGCCUCAGGAGCAGGAUGAGCUUCUGGAUGCCAUCGGCUCCUUACAGUUACAGGGACUUCGGGAUAAAGUCCCCGUGCCACAAUUGGUCGUUUGCGGAUACAACAAUAGCGGGAAGAGUUCCAUCUUAGAAGCCGUCUCUGGCAUCCCGUAUCCCAAUGAAACCAGAUUCACAACCGAAUUCAUCUUCCGCAGGACUUUGAAGAGUGCAAACAGUAUUUCGAUCAUUCCGUCGCACAAAAAUGUCCACAGGAGUCCCGUCGAGCUCGAUAACCUGAAAAACUUUGAGCACGAUCUGAAGACGGGCGAAGAUCUUGUGGCGUUGUUCGACAAAGCUGGAGCGGCUAUGGGACUUUCUACUUCGGGAGCAGCUUUCUCGACGGACAUUCUGAGAGUAGAGAUAUGCGGGCCUUCACACCCACAGCUCACACUUGUGAACUUACCCAACUUUAUUUCCGCAGCAGAUCAAAUUCAGCUUGGUCACGGCGUUAGUGUUCUUGACCUGUACAAAAUGAUAGAGAGGUAUUUCCAGGAUCCCAACAGCAUCGUCUUAGCUGUCUUAUCAGCUCGAAAUGAGCUUCAAUUUCAGACCAUUCUCGACCUUACUUACAAGCACGAUCCGAAACGCCAGCGGACUAUCGGCCUCAUUACACAACCAGAACUUAUUGCGGCAGAUUCCAAAGAACCGUCACAGAUGAUUACUUUGGCAAAGAAUGAGCGGAUCCAUCUUGAGUUGGGAUGGCACGUGUUAGGCGGUCUAGAUUAUGCCGAUCCGAAAAGUCCGUCAGGGAUACCAGAUAUUCAGGACACCAGCUUCUUUGAAACGAGCAGAUUCAAUCGCUUGCCAAUGAGCACGGUUGGCAUUACAUCCCUACGCACCCGCUUGAAGAAGGUACUUUUUGAUCACGUGAGAGUCGGCUUGUCCCAGCUCGUGGACGACAUCCAGUUGACUAUCUUGUCGAGAGAGAGUGAACUCGAUCAACUUGGCCCUAAUCGAGCUGCUGCUGAAGAGCAGCGGGCGUUCCUGGUGGGAUUGAAUUUUCUCCGAAAGAAUGGAUCGAUGUGGAACAUUACAAAUAGUGAAAGAGAUGGAGACCAAUCCAAUCACCACACUCGGAAGCAAGCAGUCGCAGAUGCUUAUGCGUUACUUAAACGCAACAAUAGUCAGGAACUGCUCGGACUACCAGAUCAUACCCUUGUUGGUGAGCUGUUUCGACAAUACAGCAAACCAUGGGAGAGACUUGCGCAGGCUCAUGUGAAGGAUGUAUGGGAUACCGUAAAUUCGUUCCUGGAUAUCUUGUUUAGGUAUCUGGCCAACGAGGAUACUUCCGAGAAUAUUCGUCGCUAUUGUCUCGCUCCGAAGAUGGUGGAGAGGCUCGAGUUGGCCUUUACAAAACUUGAUGAGCUACUGGUCAUCCACGAUGAACCGCCAAUGACGACCGAUCUUGAAUUUCUACGUCGCAGUAAGAUGCAGACUGCGGCAGGUGCUCAAUUCUUGUUUACCUCUGGCAACGGACGAGAGAAGGACGUAGUAGACUUUGCUGCAGCUGAGGAAGCAUUUGACAUCAUGCUGUCCUAUUAUGAAGUAGCUAUUGACCGAUUUGCAGAUAACGUUGCGUUGCUUGCAAUCCAGUCUUCCAUCGUUCGAGGAUUACCAGACAUAUUUUGCCCAACAUCUGUACUUUCAAUGGAUAACGCAACCAUCAAAAGUCUCGCUACAGAAGCCGAGGAAAGAAUUCUAGAACGAGAUGAUAUAACACGUAAACUCGAAGUGAUGAAAAAUGCAGCUCGUGUUUUCAAGCUGUAUAUGAGAAAGCCUCGAUCAGACGCGGCCCUGUUGUUCUCUAACAAUGGAGCUGCUUCGAAGCGGAGCUCGCACAUUCCACAUGCGGUAGAACUACAAGAGCGUUCAGACUCAUCACCGCGACCACAAUCGACCAAUGUCCAAAAUGAUGCAGCUUCCGUCAGUCUACCAAGAGAACAUACGUCCUGUGAACAAUUGCCGACAGUAUCUUCUCCACUGCUAGUCGCUCAAACACAAGAGGAUCGCGUGACUGAAAGGGGAACGGCGCCAUCAUCGAUCAGCAUCAGCGAGGCGGGAAUGGAUACUCCACAGACACCAAGUCCACUCGAAACCGAGUCGCCAUGCGUUCCACCUGUUUCACCGCCUACACCUCCUCCAUUCUCUCCGCCUGAGAUCCUCUUCGGUCAGACAACGAAGCUUACCUCCUCAGUGAAACGCUCAACAAAGAAGCCUAUUCGAGCAUUUGAAGCAUAUUCAGACGUCGGCGGAAGUCCUUUCCGCUUGCCCAACACAGGCGCGAUCAGAAACAAUCUAUCUUCAGCCCUUACAAGACAACGCCCUCCAAAACAUCUACUGCCGAGUCUAAGACGGCGUCUGGAUUAA